AUGGAUGACUACAAUUCUGAAAAUUAAACUAGAAUAUAUAGUAUUUCAACAAAUAAUUAUAAGAAGAAUAUUUAUGAAAAUACUUCAGAAUUCUAGGCGUACACAUAGUAAUUCAAAAAUAUUAGUUAAAAUUUCACUUACUCUAAGAAUGAAGUAAUAACACCAUAGAUUUAUAAUACUUCUUCUUCUUCUUAUACAACCUUAAACCAGUCUACUAUUAUUUAUAAGUUUAAUAAUACUUAUUCUAGUAUGUUAUAUAAUAUGACAUGUCUUUAAUAGAGUAAUCUUUAAUGGAGCAAAUCAAAUUGCAACAUCCAUAAGAAUACUUAAAAUAAUUACAUCUGCUUGUGUGAAUCCUAAAAACCAACAACUAUCAUUGAAGAUAUUGAUGACUUGUUCUUAAAAAAUUAAAAUUUGUAGACGGUAUUUGGAAAAUAAGGGUUAUAAAGCAUAGCAGGCUUUGAUAACUUUUAUAUGUAUAUAGUAUUUUGGCUAUUGAUGGUGUUCACACUGGCUUAAAUUUUUUUAUUUAUAAUUGGAAAAUUAUUAGAUAAAUACUCAAUAAAAAAAGAUUACACAAAAAUUCAUAUUGAAGAACCAAUUAACUAAUAGUAAUAAGAGUAGAUAAUACAAUAAUAACAUAUUGAUGAAAAUAACUUAAAUAAUUGCAAAACUUCCUAAAUAAUAAAUAAUGAUGCAUUCUAGCACUUUCUUAUUGUUCAUUAGUUUAAAAGUGAUGAAAAUGUCUAGCGCGAAAUGUAGUAAAACGAAUAGAUUUCAUCACAAUUUGAUUAAAAUUUAGGUAAUAGAAAAAGAAAAAGAUAAAAAAAUUUUAGCCUAUAAACUUUUCAAACCCAUAGAAACUAAAAGCUAUUUUAAGAACAAAAUAUUGAAAUGAACUAAGAGAAGGCUGAAUCUAAUUAAUAACAAGUAAUUAAAUAAUAAUUAAGCUGUUAAAGUAUUGAUAGAAUGGAAGCUCAAAAAAACUCAUAAACAUAAAUCAAAGAGGUUUAAACUGAAGAAGAAAUUUAAAAAAUCGAUGUUUACUUAUAACUUCCCAAAUCAAAAAAGGUUACAAUUUGCUCAUUUAGCAGGUAGUAAUAGCCAUAAUUAACAGCUCAUUAAUGA